UCUCAGGAAACCUUCACUCUGUCAACAUGUUGUCGUUUGUGUUGCUGCUGCUGUUAAUCAGCGGAGCUCAAGCUUCUUACUAUGGCGUCGUCUAUAGCUACUCUGUUGGAGACCUUCAGCCAUUAGGAUACCCAAAAACCGAGGACUACAGGGCGAGCUUCAGCUCAUGUGAAGAGUGUGACUCUUGGUUUUGUCGUGGAGACUGUAGUGGGAUGUCAGUUUAUCUAAUCGAUGAAAGCAGAGGUGAAUGGUGUCAGAAAGUACAUAUUGGGAGUGGCUCGUCAUCCCUGAAUACAUUUAAUAGUAUGGUUUCUGCUGGAAACUGGACAGAAAACAUAAAUGGGAUUGUAUCAUCAACAUAUGGAUUGCACUUAGACUUGAGAAACCGUUCCGACAUCAACAAACCAGGUUCAUCAGCCCAGACCAACAUCAUCCCUCUAGUGAGAGUUCCUUCAAACUGUCAGAGAAACAUCAACCUGUUGGUCUCUGAUCCAGAUGGAGACGACAUUAGAUGCAGAUAUGCAGUUUAUCCAGAGUGCAUCAUCUGCACUCCUCCGUCUGUCCUCAAUGUCUCAUCAUCUUGUUCUCUGUCAUUCAGUCCCACCAACAGCAGCAAUGAAGGUCCGUAUGCGGUUCAGAUGGUGGUGGAGGAUUUUCCCAGACAAAACGUCACUCUGACUGAUAACAGUGGUGGACAGGAAGUGAAAACAACCAGUGACUCCAUCAGCAAAAUUCCUAUCCAGUUUGUUUUCAGAGUGGAUCCUGCAGCUCCAUCCUGCACAGAAGGUGAAUAUCUGCCCAGGUUUCUGCCUCCAACUCCUGAACAUGGAGCUCAGUUCUCAACCAAUGACAGCGAGACUCUAGAAAUCAUCGUCAGAGCAGAAGCAACCCAGGCUGAGACCACUGAGAUCCUGAUCAGCGGGCCGGCAGGUGUAACCAAGAGUUCAUCUGGAUCAGGAAACUUCACCCUGACAUGGACACCAAUUGCCAGUGAUAGAGGACUGAACAAAACUCUCUGCUUUGUUGUCCAAGCAAAUUCCUCUGGCUCUGUGUACCAGUCUGACCUUCGAUGCGUCUUAAUGACGGCUGUUUCCCACCCGAGUACAACUGCACCUCCACUAACUACAACCAACCAACCCACAACAACUACACCUCUUGCAUCCUCCACCCCAAAUUCAACACCAGUCCCAGGACCAAAUUAUGUUUUGGCUCUGAAUACAAAAAUCUCCACUUCACUGUCACUGGAGACUGACUCUGCAACCAUCACCAACCUGGUCAAAGAGGAGCUGAUAAGACGAGGACUGUCACCAGAUAUAACUCUAAAGCUGUUAAGCAGUGGCGCGGUGCAAGUCACAACCGCCGCCCCCUAGUGGCUAAAAAUGAGAAUGAAUCUGAUCCUUGCUGGGGAAAGUGAUUUAAUGUAUAAGGUUUUAAUCUCUCAUCUGUUUCUUGUGGUUAUACUUAUUUUAAUUCAUUUAAAUGAAAACGUGUUUUAUUUUAAUCUGAACAAAUACUGUAAAGUCAGAACAUUCUCAUGCAUAUUAUCUCCAGUUGUUCAUUAUUGCAAACGGAAUAAAAUUACAUGAUACUGUCA